AUGGACAGGGUCGUGGCAGGCGCGUCAGGGUUUGUCUGCGUAGUCGAUGCGCUCGAGCUGGAACUAGUAGCGGAGUUGAAGAUGAGCGACGACUGCGUGAUAAACGAUGGCAGAGGUGCUUGGGAAUACGUGGCGGUCGCGCUCGAAGACGAAGAUUCCGACAGGCUCACACUGAUGGUCGUGGUGACGGAGUACGACGCAGUGGUGGAGUUCGUCGGGAAGCUGAUAGUCACUGUGCCGUUGGAAGAAACGGCGGGCAGAGAACAUUACCUUCCGGACAGAGGGGAAGUAGUGGUCUGGGAAUCGGACACACUGGUGAUCACGCUCGUGAAAGAAGACGACGUAAUGGUACCACUGAUAGUGGUAGCAUUUUCUGAACCGGACAAAGUCGAGCUCCCCGAGGUGAUGGUCGAAUCAGUUGCGGAGGAAGUAACAGACCCAGAGCUCGUGUCCGAGACACUAAUGGUCGUAGUGACGGUAGAGCAACCCCAAGUUAUACCGAGGGCGGUAUCGCAAGAGGUAGAUGUGACAACGCUACCGGUCGAGGAACUAUCCGUGGUAGCCGAAGAAGGUGCACUGGUCAGCGUACCACUACUGGUCACAGAAUCAGAGGUUGAAUCCGAGAACGACACAGAGUCUGAGUUACUUGUGGCCGAAGCGGUGGAAGUGAUAGUCGAGCAACCCCAUGUAAUUCCCAGGGCCACAUCACAUGCGGUAGUAGUAACAGUGCUCUGGACCGACGGACUGUCACUAGAUGCCGAUGAUGGCGCGCUCGUCAGCGUGGCACUGCUGGUCGCAGAACCGCUGGCGGGAUCAGAAGACGCCGCAUCAGACGGCGCGCUGCUCGUGGAAGUCGGGGACGCGAUCGUGGAGCAGCCGAGGGUUAUCCCAAGCAGCUCAUUGCAAGACGUGACAGGCUCCGCGGAAGUGCUAGAAGAGCUGUCAGAGGCAGAGCUGGUGUCGCUGGGAGCGCUGGUGGUCAGAGUAGGGCUACUAGAAUCCGACGAAGGGGCAGAAGUAGGGCUGCUGGAAUCCGACGAGGCUGACGAGGGACUGCUCACGCUGCUCGUGUCUGAGGGCAAGGAAGCGGGGGCAGAGGAAUCUGUGGAAGUAGGGGAUGGAGACACCGUGCUGCAAAUGAGACCCAAGAAGCCGCAGCUCGUGACAGGGGCUGAGCUCGUGGGGGAAGAGGUUAUGCUGGUCGACGUAUCAGUAGGGGCCUGUGUCGUCGAAGCUGAUGACGCGGAAGCGCUCGAUGUCGUAGAGUCGCUCGACGAAGCAGGGGCCGAAGAGGACGCCGAUGAACCGCUGCUGCCUGCCGACGAGGAGCUGGUCCCACUAGAAGACGAGCUAGUGGAGGUCAAUGUCGCGGACGAGGCCGACGAAGACCCUGAUGACGCAGAAUCCGCAGAGGAUGAAGAUGCCGAGGACGAGACAGUCGGUGUGGCAAGGGAAGGGGGGAGGCCUAGUUGCCCCACAGCAGCUAGAGGCAAGUAUUAG